CACAUGAGAUCACAAACUACUGUAAAUUACAGUUAGCUUCUGUUUGCCGCCAAAGGCCUUUCGGUGAUGUCUUUUUCCUCAAACUACUACUGCAACUUACUCAAGCUCUGCAGCCAAGCGGGAAGCCAUGCGCAAGCCAAGAAGCUCCAUUGCUACAUUAUCAAAACCGUGACUAAUCCCGAAACCUUUCUUCUCAACAAUCUCGUUACUACUUACGGCAGAUUGGGCAACUUAAGCUAUGCCCGCCAUGUGUUCGACCAAAUCCCUCACCGAACCCUUUUCUCAUGGAAUGCCAUUCUCUCCGUUUACUCGAAAUCGGGUCACAUUUCUGAGAUGCAAGAUAUCUUCAAUCGGAUGCCGAGCCGAGAUGGGGUGUCUUGGAAUUCAGUUAUUUCGGGGCAUGCGUCAUGUGGCUUCGUUGCUGAGGGUGUCAAAGUUUAUAGCUUGAUGUUAAGGGACGGGCCGGAUAAUUUGAACCGGAUUACUUUCUCCACGAUGCUUGUGCUUUCGUCGACUCAGGGAUGUGUGAACUUGGGUCGACAGCUUCAUGGGCAGAUAGUGAAAUUUGGGUUUGAAUCGUAUGUAUUUGUUGGUAGUCCUUUGGUGGACAUGUACUCGAAAGCGGGGUUAAUUUUGGAUGCAAAGCGGGUUUUUGAUUCAAUAUCAGAGAGAAAUGUGGUUAUGUAUAAUACGCUUAUCACCGGGCUUUUACGGAGUGGAUUGAUCGAAGAAUCUGAAUGUUUGUUUUGUGAAAUGCCUGAAAAAGAUUCAAUUUCGUGGACCACAAUGAUUAGCGGGCUUAACCAAAAUGGUGCAGGCGGAAAAGCACUUGCUAAGUUUAGAGAAAUGAGAUUGCAAGGCUUAAGCAUGGAUCAAUAUACAUUUGGUAGUGUACUGACCGCGUGUGGAAGCCUAUCUGCCUUGGAAGAGGGCAAGCAAGUUCAUGCGUAUAUCAUUAGGACUGAUUUUAUAGAUAACAUCUUUGUUGGUAGUGCUCUUGUUGACAUGUAUUGCAAAUGUAGAAUCAUAAAAUCUGCGGAAACAGUUUUCAAGAGAAUGAGCCGCAAGAAUGUAGUAUCGUGGACUGCAUUGCUUGUGGGUUAUGGACAAAAUGGGUACGGUGAAGAAGCUGUAAGAAUUUUUUGUGAUAUGCAGAGAAGCGGGGUUGAACCAGAUGAUUUUACCCUGGGAAGCGUAAUUAGCUCAUGUGCCAACCUAGCAAGCUUAGAAGAAGGUGCCCAGUUCCAUGGCCAAGCUCUAGCUUCAGGUUUGAUGUCUUUUGUUACAGUUUCAAAUGCACUGGUCACAUUAUAUGGUAAAUGUGGGAGCAUCGAAGACUCCCAUAGGCUGUUUGAUGAGAUGAAAAUCAGGGACGAAGUCUCGUGGACGGCCUUGGUUUCAGGGUAUGCCCAGUUUGGAAAAGCUUAUGAGACAAUUGAGUUGUUUGAAAGGAUGUUAGCCCAUGGUUUGAAACCCGAUGGAGUUACUUUCAUAGGGGUUCUUUCAGCUUGCAGUAGAGCAGGACUAGUGGAGAAAGGGCAUCAGUAUUUUGAAUCAAUGGUAAAAGAACAUGGAAUUUCACCAAUUAUGGAUCACUACACUUGCAUUAUUGAUCUUCUCAGCCGAGCUGGAAGAUUAGAAGAAGCAAAAAGCUUCAUAAAUAAGAUGCCAUUCCGUCCUGAUGCAAUUGGUUGGGCCACCUUGUUGAGCUCGUGUAGACUUCAUCAUAAUAUGGAAAUUGGUAAAUGGGCAGCUGAAUCUCUUCUAGAAUUAGAGCCCCAGAAUGCUGCAAGCUAUAUCUUGCUCUCAAGCAUCUAUGCUGCCAAAGGGGAAUGGGAUGAGGUGGCCAAAUUGAGGAGAGGAAUGAGGGAUAAGGGGGCUAGAAAGGAACCAGGGUGCAGUUGGAUCAAAUAUAAGAACAGAGUGCACAUCUUUUCAGCAGAUGACCAAUCAAGUCCAUUUUCGGAUCAGAUAUAUGCUAAGCUGGAGGAACUGAAUAGAAAAAUGAUAGAAGAGGGGUAUGCGCCAGAUAUGAGUUCUGUUCUUCAUGAUGUUGAGGAAUCAGAAAAGAUGAAGAUGCUUAAUUACCACAGUGAGAAGCUUGCAAUUGCGUUUGGAUUGAUAUUUCUUCCUCCUGCCCUUACCAUACGAGUAGUUAAAAACCUUCGAGUGUGUGGGGAUUGCCACAAUGCCACUAAAUACAUUUCCAAGAUCACCAAGAGAGAGAUUCUUGUAAGAGAUGCUGUCCGGUACCAUCUAUUUAAAGACGGAACUUGUUCAUGCGGAGAUUUCUGGUGAUGAGAUUGUGAGUGUCAAAAGCUGCUGGAGAGGAUUGUAAACCAUAUCAUUUCCUUGAUUUGAGAAGAUAUUUGUUACACAAAUGCAAUUGAGAGCUGUUGUGCAUGAAGCGACUAUCCUGUUGGAACUUUCUUUUUAUCUGAGCUUCUGAAUCCUUGCAAGGUUAUGAACUGGAAAUGUUUUUAUCUCAAGAUUCCAACAGCUGUGCUCAAGCUCCAAAGAAGGAGGAUCUCAUCACUUGAAGAUGAGUCAUCUUGAGCUUCUUGUUGGUUCUGCAUUACGUUAAAGAUGAGCUGUUAAAUAUAAAUUUAGGGGUGUGCUAUCCACACACCCCUUUUUACUUCUCCCACACCCCUUGUUAAUUUUUGUCCUUUGAUCUUCUUCAAUUCAUCCAAUCCGACGGCCGAAAAUUAAAAGGGUGUGAGAGAAGUAAAAAGGGGUGUGUGGAUAUCAUAUCCCUAAAUUUAUCAUUGAUGCAGAUUCGGGAAGAAUUCAAAGUCCAAGAAGAAUUACCUGCAACUGACCACAGAUCUCAAUAACUUCAGCUGGAGGUGCCCAAUCACCGAAGUUCCUCUCAAUAAACUGUUUCCCUCCACCAAGUGCUUUGAAGAAUUCCAUUCCCCGAUCAUACAAUACAACACCACCCCAAUAUCGAGGCCAGAAGUCUUUUAUCUGCAUCAAAACAAUACGUCAUCCAAAGUUAAUGGUAAGAGCUGGAAAUUAAAUGUAGUUAUACCUCUGACUCCAAAUGCUCAUGAAGAACUGCAAAUAGUUGAACUCCCAGUGAAUCAAAUAUGGGUUUUUUGGCAUAUAGCUGGUGAGCUUCUGCCCUACACAUGAUGCACCUGUUUCAAGUUCAAUAUAUACAAAAGAACUUAGUUUCAAGAAAGUGCUCAUACUUUGACGUAGAAUUACUGAAUUAGAUAUAGCUUUUGGAAAACUCUAUUUUUCACGGUAGAGUCGAGCCAACUUUUCACGGUCAUACAUUAUUUUUGUCUGUUUCAUGUACUUCCUUUUGGAUCGUAAGGCAAGGAUAACAUCCUAUAGCAAUAUACUUGCAUCAUGUGUCUCUUCAUUUUAAUUUAUGAAUCUCUGUCUUUAAAGUGUCUUAUAUUUACUUAAUACACCCCUAUAUGAAGGUUAUGAUCAAUGAUACCUCCUACUUGUCUGAGUUCAUGACAGAAAAUUUAGCACUUAACAUAGUGGACAAUACCAGGAUCUGUUAAAUGAAGAAAUGUUGUAACGAAGAGGAAAAGAUUUACCCUGGACGUCGAAUGCAGAGAAUCACUGCUGGUUUGUUUCUCCACAGUUCUGAAGCCUUCAUCGGAGGUGUUUUGGUUUUCACCAAAUGCUCCAUUCCAAUCUUAUACUCUGGUGUCAACUUCUGAACCGAGAUGUUUUCAAUGGUAGAGUAUGGUGCAACUUUGUCAACUACAGGAGCAGGUUGUAUACAACCACAUAAUCUAGGAUCGGCUGGCUCCAUAGCAACGAUCCCUUUGAAGAUGUAUCCAUCUUUGAUCUUAAAACUUGCCAGUGAUUGUUCUAGAGAUUUGCUGUUAAUUGAACUAGUUCUUGUUGUUAAUUUACUCUGGAUCUUUUGAGAGUUAACAGAUUGAAAACUCCUUUGAAUGCUAGUAUUUUUCGACGGUAAGCCCAUUCUUUCUGUUGCAGCAGGGGUAGGAUGAGACUUUGGUAGGUGAUCUGCACAAGCACUAGUUCUGUCCAUGAAACGGGCAAUAUGACCACGCUUCAUGCCAAACUGAGAAGAAAGAUCUACAGUGCUUAAGCUAAUUAGCUCGGACAGACAUUUCCCACUGGUCUCGAGCCUAUCUCCAUAUUGCAUCAAAGCACGGUCGUGCAGUAUUCAUGAUCUUCAAGGUCGGUACAUCAUCCCAGCCUUCGUCUAACAGCUUCGGAAUCAUUCCUUUCAGAACCCCAUCCCCAACAAACUCCUCUAUCGAAAAAGAAGCCAUUUCCGAAGAAAUCAGAGAAUGUUCCAACAAAUCAGUUCUUACUCGAUCGAGUCUGUAUGUAGAAAUGAAACCCUAUUGGUGUUAGGCUCAGCUACUCAAGAUCAAGGCAUAUAUAGAGGCCUGAGAUCAUAAAAAAUGUUGAGUUUUUCAAAAGCAUCUCAUGCCGGCAAUGCAAGUGAUGUAAAAGUUUAGUUCAUAUUAUUAUGUUGGAGACAAAGAUGCGUGUAUAAAUGUUGUAUUAGGUUGUAAGAUGGAGGCUAAUUACAAAAGCUAGAAACAAUAUUAUUGGACAUCAAAGUAUUGGUCAAAGGACAACAUUUGAUAUU